UUGGCGAUGACAUAAACAGCAGAGAUUGUGAACAAGCACCAGGAGAUAGCAUAUUGUCCGUUGAAACAUAUCGCUUUACCGGUGUUGUUAUUUUGAUAAAACACAAAAGGAAAACUCUCACAUUAUUUUUUUUCCACCACAUUUUCAACACACAAGAACAAAAAAUAGAGAUUCUGCAUUCGCUACCACCGGAUGAGUAUAACCACGACAAAACUUAUACGUUAUCCGCUGACACCUGCUACCUGUCUGAUAGCUUUGUUAUAUUUAUUAGUAUAACAUUAACAACCUUUAUAAAAUCAAAUAAAGAGAGAAUACAAUACUGUAGAAAAAUAUUUUUCAACGUCAGAAACUCAAGUUCGGGCGAAUUUGCAGUUAAGAAAUUUUUAGCGCAGUAUGAACAAAAAUACAACAAAUCUUAAAUUGUAUUUUAAGGUGACAAUAAACCUUUAAGUUGACUUCCAUGGCAACAGUGUAUAUAUACGACUGAGGAACGAUCCUGUAAAAUGAUUUGUUUAAUAAUAUAAAAAUAAACUUAGACUGACAGUCCAUGUCUUUCCUUAAACUUUCACUUAAAAUUUAGUAGAAAAUAAAUAUCAGAUUAUGUAAGGAAAAAGCUCUGAGAACAAGAUGAUUAGUUCCUUAUCCAAAAUGAAAAUGUCUAAACAUUGAAAAUAUUUUUGGGUAAAGUCCAAGCUCCAAGCACAGCACAAAAAGCCCUGGGUAGGAGAUUAGGUAAAAGGAAUAAUAUCACAUAUAGGUUUAUUAUUGAAAUCAAUCAAAUCAUAUUUUAUUUAUUUUCUUCAUAUCCAUUCGAUAAAAAGACCUGUUUACAAUGUGUAGGAAGGUGAGCCAAUUUUAUAUUGACAUGAAUACGUAAAUUCAUCACUUCAUACAUCUGUAAUGGCAGAAUCGUAAUUCAGUCGAAUUGCUUAUUUGAAAGUAAAAUCAACUGUAAGCGGAAUUAUUACACGAUUUGGCAAUAACAUUUUCUUUGGUUUGUGAGAAGAAUAAAAACACAAAAUUUAAACUAUUCGAAGCCACUAUAUACUUUGGCAGCAAUGGGGAAGAAAAGCUUUUUUCAAAACCGCGGGAGAUUUUCUAAGAAAUCCAGUAGAACACCGCGUUUGCGACUUACGAAAGUUAUCACCGAAAUGCACGAGUUUCAAAAUCGUACGGAAAACGAGCUAGUGAUCGGAAUAAAAACGGAAGCUCGCGAGCUAGCUUGGUUUUUCGGUUUAUUUGUCGUCUACGUUCUAUUCGGUGCUUUCGUGUUUUUUUAUAUUGAAGAAUGUUCUGGUGCGUCGAUGGUUGAUGAUGGCAGCACACCGUCUCUUUACGAUAAAUUGACAUGGGCAGAUUUCAAACAUAUGAAUAAGACUUGUUAUAUGCUUUACACAGAAUCUCUGAUUAGUCUAACCAACUUUACAUCCACCAGUAACGCAACUCUCUGGAGCAACACAAGUUAUAAUAGGUUCAUUGUCACUUGUUCUGAACUAUUAACAUCAUCUCUACGUCCCAUUGUUGCAUCAGGUUACCAUAGAAAUUGCGUAGCAGAUGAAUUUCAAAUAUUAAAAUAUGCAGAAUUUACUAUUUUUACUCUCCUUACAGUUGGUUACGGUAACACAACGCCAGUGACAAUAAUUGGACGGUAUAUUUUGGUGUUUUAUGCGAUCAUUGGUGUCCCUAUUGCUGUUACAAUGUAUAGUGUCGCUGGCAAACUUUUAGUUCAAGUUUUUACAGUGCUAAUCAAGUCUAUUGAUCGUAAGAUUUUAAAACAAGAGUCUGGCCAGAAUGUUCUUCGAAUAAAAGUAUUAUUCGCAACUCUCUUGGCAAUGACAAUAACUUUAUUAUUAGGGUGCUUAAUCACAACACAAGACAACAUGGAAAACUGGUCAUUUCACACUAGCAUUUAUUUUUGGUUUAUAAGCACAACAACUAUAGGUUUCGGCGACAUUCAUUUUGAUCGUAAUAAACAUCUUCAAUCGCCUCACUUCUUAAUGUUAGCGGCUGCUAAUCUGCUGUUCGGUCUUGGCAUUGUGGCUGCUGUUAUUGAAGCUUUUGCGUUGGCACUUGAGCGACACGGAGAAGGAAUAGGGGCUGAACUAGCGGGACAGAACGUAGAAGAUGCAUCACUAAGAGGAAGAAGCCGAAAUCUUCCGCAUUUGCUUAGGAUUAUAAAAGAUACUGAUUUUAUUGCUAAGACUGUUAUGGUAGGAGGCCUCGCACUUGAAAUUAAUUCUCGAGGAAGAUCAGCACGACCUAAAAUUAGCCAAGCUUUAACAGUUGGUGGAUUCGUGUACGACAAUAGCCUGAAAGAGUUGCCUUACGAAAUCGAUUUGAGCAGUAUAGAAGAAGAUACUCAUGCGGAUAAAAGUACCAGCAGUAGCAGCAGUAACACAAGUUAUCUUCAUGUACAAAUAGAUACUUCAUUGUCACAAAAAAAGAGAAUAGUCACGCUAAUGAAAUACCAUCUAAAAGUCUCCUCAGAUUCAAUACUAUCAACAAAAGAACAACCAUUGAUCAACAGUAGUAAUGAUUACAAACUUUAUUUUGGAAAUAUAAUAUUUGAUUUUGCGCACAAGUAUAACGGACAGCUUACAGUCGGAGACUUACGUAAGUACGAAAAGUUAUCAUACAAAGUUGAUCAGAUGAGAAAUGAGCAAAAAAAAAUGGACAGAACCUCUAAUUCUAAUCAAGCAUCUCUAGAUUCUCAUCGCGUGUCACGAGUUUUAUCGGAGAUGCGCGAGUACGAGCACAGAACACGUAAAGAAUUAAUAGCAAGCAUCAAAGAGCAGGCCAAAGAACUUGGUUUCUUCUUCACUUUAUUUCUUGUUUAUGUUUUAUUCGGAGCGAUUGUGUUCUUUUAUGUUGAAGAAUGCUCAGGAGCAUCAAUGGCACAGGAUGGAAGCACACCAUCUUUAGAAGACACAGAGACUGCUGUUAAGUUUAAAAAUUUGACUAGUACUUGUAGCACCUUGUAUUACAUACUGCAUAAUCAAUCACACGCGGAUCAAAAGAACAUAACACAGUUCAUAGCUGAAUGCAAACCAAUAGUACAAUCUAGCGCUUCUCCUUUUGUAACGAAAGGCUACACCACUUCUUGUAAAGUAGAUGAAUUCCAAAUGCUCAAAUAUGCUGAAUAUUGCAUUUUUACGUUAUUAACUGUCGGUUACGGUAACACGACACCUGUCACCGUCAUUGGUAGGUACAUCAUGAUUAUGUAUGCGAUAUUUGGUGUACCUAUUGCAGUAUCAAUGUACAGUGUAGCCGGGAAACUUUUGGUACAGAUUUUUACUUUUUUGGUCCGAUUUUCUGAGCAUAAAGUCCUCGGACGACCAUCCAGUGAAAAAACCCUCCAAGUAAAAGUUCUGCUCGUCAGUAUCUUUACAAUGAUCGGCAUCAUGCUACUGGGAAGUUCUAUCGCUAUGAGAGAUGACAUGGAAAAUUGGACUUUUAGUACUAGCAUAUAUUUUUGGUUCGUAAGUUUGACCACGAUUGGAUACGGGGAUAUCCACUUUAAUCGGUUGAAGCAUUUGGAAUCGAUACACUUUCUUUUGAUUUCGGCUGGAAAUCUGCUAUUUGGUUUAGGAAUUUCUGCAGCAAUUAUCGAAUCCUUUGCAUUGGCGUUAGAAAAACGGGAAGAUCUUGUUUUAAAUGACGAUGGCGACCCUGAAGAUGUCAAUGAUGAAAUGGAAAGCGUGGAAACCAGUGUUUCAAGUGAAAACAUGCUAGAUAAUAGCACCAUGAUUACCCUGGUGACAGCAAUCGAUUCAGAAGAUACAUUUGAAAGUCAUAUGCAAGACGAUGAUGAAAUUGAUGAAAUUAUAGAAAAUCAGUAUGCAAGACUUGCGGAGGAGGGUGCCAGUGAAGAAAAAACCAGUGAGAAGAUAUCUGACGGAAGGAACAUAACAAGGAAGAGGGUUUCUUGGAAGGAUGAAAGUAACAAAGAGCUUCCCUCAUCAAGAAAUGAAGAUACUACUAUUCAAGAAUUUUAUCCAUCUAUGGAAUAAAGGGCUAAAUGAUUGCGGUAUCUUCGGAAAAUGCAGUGUGCAGUAAUCUGAAAUUACUGGGAGGUAAAACAAAACAUAGUCCUGGUAAAUGUCGAAGCAUAAGUUAAACAUUACAAAGGUAACAUAUGCUUUAGCUAAAUAUAUAGAAUAAAAGCCUUGUUUGGAGAAGUGAACUUCUGGAAAAGGAAAUUGCUUUCAAAUUUAGGCUAACUAAGAAAUAUAUAUCCUAAACGGUUUAGACUUUGUUGUAAUCCAGCUAGCAUUGUAAUAUUUGUAAAGACAC